AUGGGCUCCCAGCCAGAGCCCGCCCCGGCGCUGCGCCUGGCCAUCCUCGAGGCCGACACGCCCCUGCCCGGCACGCAGGCCAAGUACAAGACGUACGGCGGCGUCUUCACGAACCUGUUCACGCGCGCGACGGCCCCGGAGCCCGUCGAGUCCGUCCUGCGCAUCACGCAGCACGACGUCGUCAACGACCUCUCGUCGUACCCGGCGCUCGAUGACAUCGACGCCAUGCUCAUCACCGGCUCCAAGCACUCGGCCUACGAGAACGACGAGUGGAUCGUGCGCCUCGUCGAGUUCACCCAGAAGGCCGUCGCCAGCGGCCGAGUGAAGGUCGUCGGCGUGUGCUUCGGCCACCAGAUCGUCGGCCGCGCGCUCGGCGUCCCCGUGGACCGCAACGACAAGGGCUGGGAGGUCAGCGUCACGGAGCUGAAGCUGUCCGAGGAGGGCAAGAAGCUCUUCGGUCUCGAGAAACUGAGGAUCCACCAGAUGCACCGCGACGCCGUCUUCUCCUACCCGGCGGGCGCCAUCCCCCUGGCCGAGACGGACGUCUGCCCCGUCCAGGGCAUGCUGAUCCCCGGCAAGGUCAUCACCGUGCAGGGCCACCCGGAGUUCACCGAGGGCAUCGUGCGCGAGAUCCUCGAGGCCCGCCACGCCAUCGCCAUCUUCAGCGACGAGGUCUACGAGUCGGGCAUCGACAGGGUCGCCAACGACCACGACGGCGUGGCCAUCGCCCGCGCCUUCAUCAAGUUCAUGCAGGGCCAAUAG